CACUGUCAGUGCUAAUAGAUAUGCCUUCCACAAAGUCUUCCACGAUACUUUCCAGUGAACCUAUAGUCGAGGAUUGUGAAGAGAAUACUCAAUUGCCUUCAGGUGCCAUCCCUGCAGCAGACACCCUACGCGGUUGGCUUGUUGUCGCUGGUGCGUUCAUUUACUUCAUGAUGUCAAUUGGGUGUGUCAACUCAUAUGGGGUGUAUAAUCAGGAAUACCAGAUCAACGAGUUCCCACAUGUUCCGUCAUCUACCCUGGCGUGGAUUGGUACCAUGCAGUUUGGUACUAUUGGGUUUUUAGCUGUUGGGUCAGGUAUAUUGGUCGAGCGCUUUGAUGCGCGGUGGGUCGGUGGAGUAGGAACUAUCAUCGCUGGAACCGGACUACUAGCCGCCUCCGCAUGUACCACGCCUACACAGCUUGUUGUCACCCAAGGAAUUAUAUUUGGCAUCGGGGGAUCGGGGCUUGUGGUUGUUGCAAUGAGCUUGCCUUUGCAGUGGAUGGACAAGUACCGGCCUCUAGCAGCGGGAAUUGCUGUGGCUGGUAGUUCGAUUGGUGGUCUGUGGAUGUCGUUCGCCACUCGGGCUAUGGUCAGCAGACUUGGUCGUCAGUGGGCACUAAGAAUCACCGGGUUGCUCCUAAUUGCUGUGUGUGGAGCAGCUACGCCGCUGAUGAAGCGCCGGAUACAUGUUCCGCCUAGAGACAAGAUAAUCGACUACACAGUGCUUGGAAACGCCAAGUUUGUGAUAUUGUUUUUGUUUGGGAUCGUUGGAAUGGCUGGGUAUUACCUACCGUAUGCGUAUAUGCCGUCGUUCUCAGUAGUUGUUCUCCACCAGGAACCAUCCUGGGGAGCAGUUAUCUCUGCAAUUUUAAAUGUCGGCAGCUUCUUUGGGCGGAUUAUAACUGGGACACUCGCUGGGUCUAUCGGUUCAACCAAUGCUCUACUUCUCAGCACAUUCCUUGCGGUACUCAGCAUACUUGGUCUAUGGCUCCCUUUCAAGAACCUGGCUGUCCUGGCUGUCGCCGCAUUUCUUUUUGGGUCUAGCAGCGGUAGCAUUGUAUCUUUGGUACCUGUUGUAACUGCGACAUUGUUUGGGAUUAAGAGGUUGCCUAGCAUCCUGGGUCUCAUUCUUAUCUCAUACUCGUUUGGAAUGCUGCUGGGCUCCCCGGUGGGCGGCCGCCUGCUGGAUGUGUAUGGACAUGGGACAAACUACAUGCCGCUGCUUAUCUACAGUGGUGCAGUGUAUGCAGUUGGCCUUGUCCUGUUUAUUAUCCUUCGUUGGUCAAUGUCGAACGAUAUUCGUCAGAUCAUUUAAGAUGGCUUUUGGAAAGUGAAUAUAUCUAUGAUCAGUAUGCCAUAGAUAACGGGGCUAUUGAGAAUAGACAGUGGUCGAUGUAUUUGCAAU